AUGGGUAUCGCAGCCAACAUUUUGGUUUUGGCUCUUGGUCUCUUCCUUGCCUCUGCCAACGAUGCAGUUAAUCCCGACAACGUGUGCACAGGUAGCUUUUCCCCUGUCACCUACCCGGAGGUAGGAACCUUUGACGCUAAUUUAUGGUGUCAUCGCAGAGGAUUCCCACCAAUGCAUCCGAACCAAAUUGGUACCAAGUUUCGCCUGUACACCCGCAAGAACCCGUCAUCACCGACGGUGAUAUCGACGUCAUCAUUGGGAUAUCCCUUCUCUGCCUCCAGUCCUACCAAGUUCAUUAUUCACGGAUUCACUGACAAGGGAGAAACAAGCUGGUUGCUGAAAAUGAAAGAUAAACUACUUGCAAAGGGUGACUUCAACGUUAUCGGCGUAGAUUGGCAAAAGGGAGCUAGUCCAAGUUUUAUUCCCGACUACUGCAAGGCACGCCAGAACAUUCGCGUGGUGGCCCGCCAAAUCCGCAAUCUCAUCAAGAAGAUGCAGUCCAAGUAUUCGGCCUUUAGCCUCAAUAACGUGCACAUUAUCGGACACAGUCUGGGUGGUCAGAUGGCCGGAUAUGUUGGCCAAGAAUUUGGUGGUAAAAUCGGACGUAUCUCUGGUAUGGAUCCCGCAGAACCUGACUUCCAAGGCGAUCAGACAGGCUGCCGACUUGACCCUAGCGAUGCCAAAUUCGUUGACGCCAGCCAUUGUUCAAUGUUCGGCAUAUUCCAGCCGGUGGGUCAUGUAGACGUCUAUCCAAACUAUGGCACCCACAUGCCCGGAUGUGCCUCCUGGCCAGAACUGUCGGAGGGAACGUGCGGUCAUAGCAAGGCCAUUGACUACUUCACAGACAGCAUCAGCAACGACUGUGGCGCCUUAGCUUACCCCUGCACCUGGCAGACUGGCCAAGGACAGGGCUGCAAAUACAGUGGUCAGAGUGGCGUCAGCGGUGUCAAAUUUGGUUACCGAGCCGACCAGACACCGUCGAGUAAGUACGGUCUGUACAUCAUGAUGACCAAUCAAAACUCGCCGUUUUGCAAUCCGAACAGCAAGCCUUAA